GAAUGCCUCUCUGCUGGGCCCUCCUCCCUCCGUUUCCCUCCCCAGGCUGAAUGCUGAUUCACUCUCACAUGUUGGCAGCUCACUGAAGAGAUUUAGUUGCCUGUGCACCUGUUCUCGUCUGACAGACUAAGAAAAAGAGUGAAAUCAGAGGAAGGAUGCAGCUGUUUUUAAAAACCACAGCAAUUCUUCUGCUGUUUGUCCAAUAUUUCCACUCGGCUUCGCUCCAGGAAUCAACUGACCCUCCGCGGCGUACAAUUGAUAGCACUUGGUACCGUGACCCAGCCAAAAACAAAGCUGGGGGUCAAAAUGAAGUCAGCGGAUGGACGACAGAAUAUGGUCAGGGACCUGGAGAGACUAACAUGGAGUCUGGUACUGAUUAUUCCAGUGGGAUUGCGUCCGGCUCUAUGGUGUACGAAACAGAGGAAGUGGCGACCGUGGAAGACCCAGCAAAUCAAACAUCUGAGAACACGACCACUAAUGAAACAACUCAGCAGCCUGAUGCUACUGUUUCUGCAACUGCACUUCCCAAAGACUUCAACCAAAUGAACGAGACGGACGCAGAUAAAGAGAUUCAGAACUCAACGAUGACAGCAACGACAAUGAUUCCUGACACCUCCACCGCUCACGUCAACCCCCAAAGCUCCAGCACCGAGUUCCAGUCCACCACCUCGGCACCGCAGAGUAACACUAAACAGCAAUCCACAGUGGAACCAGAUACUGGAUUAAGUAAUGAUAUGGGAACUACGACGACAGCAGCCGUGACAACCACAGCAGCAGAGACAACUGCACCGUCCUCUAUGUCUUCUACAUCUACAGCGUUUCCUUCUGAGACCAAGGAAACGAUGGCCGCCACCACUACAGUGGCUCCGAGCACAUCUGAGAAGGCCAACAUUUCAGACAAAGGUUCAAGUCAAGGCAGCAGCUCAGAACGAGGUUUGGCGUCCGAUUCUCAGUCCAAGCGGAGGAACGGGGCGUGGGGGGGCGUGCUGGGGACGGCGGUGGGCGUGGCCUGUAUGGGACUGGUGGUCUACGUCGUCAUGAAGAAGAAACACCACAAAGCCUUUUCCCACAGGAAACUGGUGGAGGUGUUCCCCUCAGACCCAGUUCUCAGAUUGGACAACAGCGAGCCUUUGGACCUAAACUUUGGCGGUUCGGCGUAUUACAACCCAGCGCUCCAAGGCGACAACAUCCAAAUGACCAGCUUUCCUGGUUGUCACAAAAACUGAAAAGACUCCAAGACCAAAGUCAUGCACUCCCUGGAAAGAACGUCUGCCUUCAUGCUUUUUUUUGCAUUUGAUAGACAAGCAGCGAUGUGGAGUUUUGUAAAUAAGACGUGUGGAUGGAAACUAUGAAGGAGAUUGUAUAGGUCACAGAUGAUGCUCAUUAAGUCAGAGUAUGCAUUGUUCAGAGAAGAUUUAUUACGUUGAUUUAUGAGGGAUCACUGAAGGCAAUCUAUCUGAAUUACACUGCAACAGCCAAAAUUAACUGUCAGCCAUUUAUGUACGUUGCCAAAGGGAAUUCAACAAAGUCUUUGCUAAUGAAGAAUAUGCUCUGCAGUAAAUGAAAUAUUUGCAAUAACUCUUGGUUUUUAUUUUGAUUAUUUUUAGCAGGAGUCAGAGCCUGAAAAUUGUGUUAAAUGCAGAAACCGGAGCUUUUAAUCAGAUUAGUUCAAAAGGAGAAUGAGACUGUGCUCCUGCAUAUGUAAAAGACGUAACCCAAUAUGACUGCAGCCUCAAUAACUGAGGACACAGCAGCUCUGUCCAGGCCUUCGGAACAACAUUCGCAAGCCAUAGCGAACAAGAACAUUAUCUGGAUCAACAAUAACCUGCUGUUUUGGCGAGGAAGGCAGUAAAAAGUAAAAUCUGAACUGCGCUUUCAGUUGUUCCGCAAUGGGUAUUCACAGCCUGUCGGAGAAUUGAACCGUCAAACCAAAGAGAGUCUGUUUUUCUACACCAGCAAGGGAGAUGGAGUGAGCCUUGGUGCUGUUUUGUUAUUCAUAGAGUGAGCUUUUGGUAUUCAGAAAGGGAGUUGUGUAUUUGGUCUUAGACUACUCAGUAGAAACAACUAUAUCAUCAUAAUGUACUGCUUAAAUCGUACGACCUCCAGGUGUCCAAACACAGAUGGGAGUUUCUUGUAGUGACAGCGAACACCUCGGAGGUUUACAUAGCAUUUACCUGCUGCUUCCAUAGAGUAAAACUAGAGGACAUGUUAUGCUAACUUUAUUUUUUUAUUUUAUUUUUUUUUUUGUUAUUAUACUGGAAAGUUUGCUUUGACUUUGAGUGACAACCUUCAACAAAAAAAAAGGAAAAAUGAAAAAAAUAUCAACUUAUUUGACUGAUAUUUGGAUGAAGAGGAGGAAUUAGACGGUUCAGCAGGAGCAGCAGAUUUGUUUCCUUCCACCCUUUAAUUUCAGACAUCAAUCAGUUCAGAAGCAUGAAAGAUAUUUGGUUCUAUGUUGCAGUGAUUACUGCAUUAAUAACACAGGGCAGACUGAUAAUGGGAGACUUCUCCAUCAGUUAGAACCACGUGUAAAAUGUAAUUGAAUUUGAUGAUGCCUUAAUAAACAACUGUACCUCCCACAA